AUGUCUCCUUCUGAUCUCCUUUCUGGCGCCGAUGAUUUCAUACUAGCAGGAUCACUUAAAAGCUUGUACGAAAACAAUGAGCCACCAUCAAACGCGCAAGAGAAUAUUCUACGUGAUGAGCUUGCGCGUCGUCUCGAAUCCUUGUCAUACAUCGACGAGAAAAUUGCCCGGCUACGAAUGGAGCUCGAAGCCCAUUUACGUGCGCGUGAUGCCAUUUCCUGCGAGAUUGACAUCAUCAAAAUUGGCCUACAUCCAAUUCGUCGCCUUCCCGAUGAUAUCUUGACUGUAAUUUUUGGUCAUUGCGUUCGAAAUCCUGCCAAGCUGUUUGAUUCAUGGGAUAGGUAUGACUACGACUCUCUGGUAAUAGACGAUGCUCCAUGGACAGUAUCCUAUGUUUGCCAUCAAUGGAGAGCGGUGGCGAUAAACACAGCACGGCUAUGG